AUGACUGUUUAUGUCUUCGUCUGCGUUAUGAUUGCCGCUGUUGCCGGUUUGAUCUUCGGUUACGACAUCGGAGUUUCCGGUGGAGUGACGGCGAUGGACGAUUUCUUGAAGGAUUUUUUCCCCGCGGUGUGGGAGAGGAAGAAGCACGUUCAUGAGAACAAUUACUGCAAGUACGAUAACCAGUUCUUGCAGCUGUUCACAUCGUCUCUAUACCUAGCGGCGCUCGUGGCCAGCUUCUUAGCUUCCGCCAGCUGUUCCAAACUCGGAAGGAAGCCCACGAUGCAGCUCGCUUCUAUCUUCUUCUUGCUUGGUGUCGGCCUAACCGCAGGAGCCGUUAACCUCAUCAUGUUGAUCUUUGGAAGAAUCUUGCUUGGCUUCGGCGUCGGCUUUGGUAAUCAGGCGGUGCCGCUUUUCUUGUCGGAGAUCGCUCCGGCACAGCUCAGGGGAGGUCUCAACAUUGUGUUCCAACUCAUGGUGACAAUUGGGAUCCUGAUUGCAAACAUUGUCAACUACUUCACUGCCACGGUUCACCCUUACGGAUGGAGAAUUGCUCUCGGUGGAGCCGGGAUCCCCGCCAUUAUCCUCCUCUUCGGCUCACUGAUCAUCUGCGAGACUCCAACGAGCCUCAUCGAGCGCAACAAGAACGAAGAAGGCAAGAAAGCCCUAAGGAAGAUCAGAGGAGUUGAAGAUAUCAAUGACGAGUACGAAUCUAUCGUCCACGCCUGCGACAUCGCGAGUCAAGUCAAGGACCCUUACAGGAAGCUGUUGAAGCCCGCGAGUCGCCCACCGUUCAUCAUCGGAAUGCUUCUCCAGCUUUUCCAGCAAUUCACCGGAAUCAACGCCAUCAUGUUCUACGCACCGGUUUUGUUCCAGACCGUUGGCUUCGGAAGCGACGCAGCUCUUCUCUCUGCGGUUGUCACGGGAUCGAUCAACGUUCUCAGCACGUUCGUCGGGAUUUACCUCGUCGACAGAACCGGCCGGAGAUUCCUUCUUCUCCAAUCUUCCGUUCACAUGCUCGUUUGCCAGCUGAUCAUUGGAAUCAUCCUAGCGAAAGACUUGGGCACGACGGGAACACUCGGGAAGCCGCAAGCCAUAACAGUGGUGAUCUUUGUGUGCGUUUACGUGAUGGGAUUCGCGUGGUCAUGGGGACCUUUAGGGUGGCUAAUCCCUAGCGAGACGUUUCCUCUAGAGACUCGUAGCGCAGGGUUCGCUGUCGCGGUCUCUUGCAACAUGUUCUUCACGUUCGUGAUCGCGCAGGCUUUCUUGUCGAUGCUUUGCGGGAUGAGAUCGGGAAUAUUCUUCUUCUUCAGUGCUUGGAUCAUUGUGAUGGGACUGUUUGCGAUGUUCUUCGUGCCGGAGACGAAAGGAGUCGCCAUUGAUGACAUGAGAGAGAGUGUGUGGAAGCCACAUUGGUUCUGGAAAAGGUAUAUGCUUGCGGAGGAUGAUCACCAUGACGUGGAGAAGAGAACUGAUUGA